AAACUCCUUAUGGACAGCUUCCUGUUCUUGAAGUCGAUGGUAAACCAGUAGCCCAGAGUCUGGCUAUUGCCAGAUUUUUAGCGAAAAAAUUCAAUCUAGUUGGACAAAAUGAAUGGGAAGCCCUAAAAUGCGAUGAAUUGGUGGAUACACUUGGAGAUCUUGGACAAAAAGGUAUGAGGUAUUUCAGAGAAGCCGAUCCCGAAAAGAAAGAAACACUGAAGAAACAGCUUUUUGAAGAAGAUGUGCCUUAUUAUUUAAGUAAAUUUGAGGCUGUAGUGUCUAAAAACGGAGGAUACACAGUUGGAUCACAGCUUACAUGGUCUGAUUUUCAAUUUGCCGGAACUCUGGAAGAAUUCGAAAAAAGGCAUCCUGGUCUGUUGAAGCCGUACCCUGCUUUAAGUGGUCUUGUUGAGAAGAUUUGUAACCUGCCAAGUAUUAAAGCAUACAGGGAGAAGUCAGCACAAAAGAAGUAGAUUUUGUAAAAAUUAUUUAUUUGUCGCUUUUUAUACUGCACUCUCCUGUAUCAAGUCUGUAAUUUUUUAAUUUAAAAUAAAAUAUAAAAUUUGUAAUUUA